AUGAGAAACCGUUUCGAAAGCUGGUUAGCUACACACGCGAACGAAUGUUUUAAGAAAAUUAAUUUGUUUUUUUUUUCUCGAUUUUUCCCACAGGAUGAAUUCCAUCCCUUUAUCGAGGCGUUGCUUCCAUUUGUCAAAUCAUUUUCAUACACAUGGUUUAAUCUUCAAGCGGCCAAAAGGAAAUAUUUUAAAAAACAUGAGAAACGCAUGUCGUUGGAAGAAGAAAGGCGGUGCAAAGAAGAACUCAUGAACGAAAAAGUUGAAGUUAAACAAAAAUGGGCAUCUAGACUGUUAGGAAAACUACGGAAAGACAUAACGCAAGAAUGCAGAGAAGAUUUCGUACUCGGAAUAACCGGAAAAAAACCCGCCAUGUGCGUCCUGUCCAAUCCGGAUCAAAAAGGAAAAAUGAGGAGGAUCGAUUGCCUUCGACAGGCUGAUAAGGUCUGGAGAUUAGAUCUCGUUAUGGUUAUCUUAUUCAAAGCGAUACCGCUCGAAAGUACAGACGGUGAAAGAUUAGAAAAAGCCGCAGAAUGCGCUCAUCCAGGUUUAUGUGUUAAUCCUUAUCACAUAAACGUUUCCGUCCGUGAAUUGGACCUGUACCUGGCCAAUUUCAUCAAUAGCCACGAAGCACUCAAGGGAAAAUUAAAUAAUUUUCUUUGUCGAAUUCGUUUGUUUGUUUGUCUGUUUGUUGCUUUUACAAGAUGA